AUGAGUUUAAGUUAAGUAAGAUUAUCAUAUUGACUUUAAAGGCAGGUCGUUAAGCCAUAAAUCCAAUUACAGGGGAAUCUAGAUUCCAAGCACCAGAUUAUCGCCGGUCCUAAGAAGUCAAGAAUGAACCUACAAGAACAGCAGAAUCAAGGAGAAACUUUGCAAAUACUUCAGUGCCUGUUGAGAAUUAGGAAUAAAAUAUAUUCUAGAUGGAUAGGAUUGCUCAGUUGUAAGAGUAAGUGUAAAUGCUGGAAAAGUAACUUACUUAAGAAGUUAAGCGGAAUUCUAAAAUGUUAGUUGAAUUGGAAAGAGAAGUUAGGACAAGAGGUUAAAUGGGAGAUGUAUUAAUUCUAAACUGAUAAUAGCCAAACCAAAUGUUUGAGGACUUGUAGAAUAAGAUGUAUUCCCUGGAAACCAAAAUUAUAGCCUAAGAUAGGCAAAAGAGUGAAUUGGGUUCUAAAGUGGCUAUCUAGGAGUAAAAUCUUAAGGAGUUGUUGUACUUCUUGAAGAACACUUAAAAUAAAGAUACAAACGAGGUUCUGUAGAUGAGAGGAAUGUUGUAGGAAAAGAUAACUGAAGAGAGUUCGCAACUCUAAAAAGAAAGAGAAAAGACCAAAGCCUUGUUUAUGGAGAUGGUGAGAUUGGGAGAGUUGUAAGAAAAACUAUAGGAAUCACUUUCGACUUCUCAUCAGCAUUUUGAAUAGAGAAUUAAUGGAAUGGAGAGCAAGAUAUACAAUGGAGAAAAAGCAUUGAUUUAAGUGGCAUAGAGAGGAGAUUCUGGUAUGAAUUUCAUUAAUGAGACUAAUGAAAGAAUAGAGAAGAGAGUUAUGGCUUUGGAGGCCAAUUUAUUAGCAUUAGGGGUAUGAUUAGAUUAUAAAUGGAUUAGAAAGAUUAAUUAAAAGAUCAUGAACAGAUCAACAGGGUUGACAUGGCGAAUUAGAGAAUAUAGGAGGAAUUCAAGGGAAUGUUACAACUAAUUUAAUAAGAUUACACUUAAAGAUUAGACACUAGAGUAACCGAAGUCAUCAAUAGAAUUGUUAUGGAACAUGAGUAGAGGGUCAAAACUAUGGAAGAGAUGAAAUAAGCAUGGAGUUUGAAGGAUUAGAUUAAUAUGGAGAGAUUGUAAUACGAGAGGGAGGAAGUUAUAUAGAAAUUGGGAUCAUUAGAAUAAUUUCAACGAAUUGAUUCAUAAAAGAAGGAUGAAGCUAUUCGUUCAUUGUAAACUAUUAUUGAGACAUAAGUGAAUUAAAUUCUAGUAAAUAUUUAAAAUGAAGAAGCCCAAAGAUAUUCACAUGAGGUUUAAUUAAGAGGCGAUUUAUUAAAAAUAUAGGAGAAUAUCAAAUCGGAAAAUGAAUUAUUUAAAACACAUUAAGCUAACAUUACUGAGAAGAUUACAGAUAUGAUAAGAAUUGAAGUGCAAACAAGAUUGUCAACUGAUACUGAAUUGAAGAAUCUUACGUCUGCCAUUGCAACUGAUAUAGUUUCUGAUUUGAAUAGUUUAAAAGAUUAGAUAGAAAUGGCGAACAGGGCAUUGCAAACAUAGGUUAAAUAAUUAGAGAAAGACUAAGCAGAAAAAGCUGAAAGACUAUCGUUGUAUAUUGAUGAUGAAAUAAAUAAAGUAAAAAGUUAAUUUUAUUAUAUUAAUAGGCAAUUAAGACAUCUGCUUAGAAAUAUGAAAAAGUGAAGGUGAUAUUUUCUAAAUUUGGUGAAUCCUUUAAAUAGCAUAUAACAGCCUUUGAAGGGUUGAAAUAAGAUCUGAAUUCUCGGUAGACGAUCAUUGAAUAGAAUAUUGAUAUGAUUAGGUAGGACUUUUAGACUGUGAUAGAGGAUCAAUAGUCUCACUUAUUGGAAAGAAUAUCUAUUGAAAAAAAUCAAAUUUUAGAGGCUGUGAAUGCCACUGUUCAAUUUUUAGAGGAUAAGGUUAAUAAAUUAGAUGAGGAUUGCACUAAUAAAUUUAGGAUAUUUAGAGAAGUUAUUGAAGAAAAUCAAUUAGUGAUAGUUGAAAAAACUAAACUUAUUCUUGAUUAAAAUGAAUCCUAUUAAUAAACUCAAAUGAAGGGUUUAAAGUUGAUGGCUGAAAGUAUUCAGGAGUUGAAGUAACUAUUCAUUCCAUUUAAUUUAGACAGCAAUAACAAUUGAUUAAGGAAGACCAUUAGAAUCAAAUCAAAGAAGUAAAUUAAACUGUUGAAAACACUAGAUAAGAUGUUCAAUAAAUAACUAUUAAUAUUAAAGAUCUGAAUGAAAUCCAGACUCAGCACAAAAGUCUAUUGGAUGAAACUCAAACUGAUAUUGACAUACUCAAAAAAGAGAAUGAGACUAUUAUGAUCAAAUAGUAAGACAUAGAUAAGAAUAUCGAAUUAUUAGAUGAUUAACAGAAGAAGAUCCAAAAUACUUUUUAGAUACUCACCUAAAGUGUUGAAUCUGUGAAUGAUAAGACAAUAACUAUUGGAGAACGAGUAGAUGCUAUCAAUACUAAUUUUCAAUAAUUACAAGAGGAACUCAAGAUGAUUGAUUAAAAAAAUUCAAAAUUAGAAGGGGACUUAGAGGAUUCAAAUCUUAAGAUUAACAAUGAAAUCAAGAACAUUGAAGCUAGAUUGGAAGAGUCGUAGAAAACGGCUGCUUCUAUGUAGGAUUCUAUGAGACAAAAUGAUGAUCUAGACAAAAAGUAAAAUCUGGAGAUUGAUGAAUUGUAGCAAUCAGUCAAAAAUUUACAAGAUAGACUUAAAUAAUUGGCUCAAUUACCUGCUUGA